AAGUUCAUUUUCACCAUGGAGACUGAAAAUCAGGAGCAGACGGAGGCAUUUGACAACACUCCAUGGUCCACUGUUACCCUCCCUGACUGGAUGUCAGAUAUGACAGAUAAACUUCUCCUUUCGAGAGUCUCAAUCCCUGGUACCCAUGAUUCCAUGAGUCUUCUUGGUGACUUGAAGAUCCACUGUCAGAGCUGGCCUCUCGAAGCUCAGCUGGCUGCUGGCGUGCGCUUUCUGGACAUCCGCUGCAAACUAGAAGGUGGCCAUUUUCUUAUCUACCAUGUCAACACUUUCCAGGAGGCUGAUUUUUCUGAAGUUCUGAACAAGACAUUGAGCUUCCUCAGGGACCACCCACAGGAGACUGUACUUAUGAGGGUCAAAGAGGAACUCCCAAUUAUUCCCAAAGAAGACUUUGCCUCCUGUUUGCAGCAGUAUUUGGAUGAAGAAGGCCAGGGCUGUGUUUGGACAAAGGAGGCCAUUCCCACCUUAGGCCAGGCAUGAGGCAAGGUGGUCCUCUUGGAGGAACUGGAGAAAGAGGUGUUGGGAGUGCUGUAUGAGGAACUAAGUGUUGGCGAUGCCUGGGAUGUUUUCCGUGCGGAGCACAAAUGGGACCGGGUUAAGGAGCACCUUAAUGCAGCAGCCAAUGGUGACCAAGCUGUCAUACACCUUACCUAUUGCUCUGGUAAUGGGCUUCUCACCAACCCUGAGGAACUAGCCAAAUAAAUCAAUCCACUCUGCUAUGAACACCUGAGGGCUCAGGCUGUGGAAGUUGUGUGCUGGGGUGUGGUGAUAAUGGAUUUUUCUGGUACAGGACUGAUUCGCACCAUUGUGGAGAGUAAUUUGGAGAUGGGGAGUGGCCACACAACCACUUAGCUUGGUAGAGGUUAGUUUUUGUUAAGAGAUGUACUAAGGAAGCCAAGUUAAGGAGAGCCUAAUCUAUAAUCACAGAUAUUUGUAGGCAGGUUGUUAUCACCUAGUGGUGUCCAGAAUCACUUUGUUUUGUCCAUUAUUCCUUUACUACUGACUAGACCAUUUGACUUUGUUCUGUUUGCCAGCAUGAAGUUCAGUGAAGUGUUUCAAGAGGAGUGAGACCAGAGCUCAGUGAUAGUCCAUGCUUUGCAUGCAGAUGUUAUCAGGUUCAAUCUCUGGCAUUUCUAGGCAGAGUCCAGAAAGAGCCCUGUCUGUUAAAAAGAAAUGCACAUGAAAAGUCAUAUUUCUAUACAUAUAAUAACAAUCUAAGAAUGUUGUCACACUGCAGUUCACUUGGCCAA